AUUUGAAACGGUAAGUAGAAUAAAGGAAACUAAAAAAUUCAUUACUAUCUACCUACGUCAUGUUUUUUAUAUAUUUUAAAUAUUGCUCAUAAAUAUUAUCAAAAAAGAAAAUCAAUUAGCCAUUCUAUUUACCUACCAAAUACAUUAUUAAAUUGUAUUUUUUUUGAUUUCACUUGUUAAGAAGUCUUUUGUGAAAUUCAGUUUUACGUCGAUUCUCUUAUUAUAGUUUCUCAACAUGACUACAAAUUUAGUAGUCUUGGGUCUAAACGCUGCUAGAAUUAAUGUUAAAGUCAAUCCAAAUAUGACUAUACUAAAAGCAAGUACCUAUUUUAAAUGAUUCAAUUCACAAUACUUAUCUAUGAAUGUGUUGUGUAAUAUUUUACUAUUUUAGGUGUUGGAAUUGGCGUGCACAAAAAUGAAAUUAGACAGCAACGAUUAUGAUUUAAAGUUUGUUUAAUUUUUUUUUUAUACUAACAUAAACAUUGUAAAGCAUCAUAAGUUUUUUUUUAUUUUUAUUUUUAUUUUUAUUUUGAUAGAUACCACAAUAAAAUAUUGGACACAACUAGUCUGAUUAGGUUCACAAACAUAAGCAAUAAUGCUUUAUUAGAGUUAGUACCUGUUACAAAGUCGAGACAAGAUAGCUCUGUUGGUAUAUUGUUACAAAUAGAAGAUGGAUCCAGACUAACUGGUGAAUUUUUAUCUAGCCGUAAGCAUAUUGAUAAUUUUAUUAUUAUUAUUGGUUUUUUUUUGUUUUUUUUUUUUUAAUUUUAUUAUAAAUUUUGUUUACAAGAAACUCUAUGGGAAGUUGUUCAGACUUUGUUGAAGGAAAACACCAUCAGUUAUGAAAGUCCAGCAAUAAUUUUUACAAGAAUGGAAAUAAUUGGUAAAGAACAACUGCAACAAAAAACAUUAAAAGACAUUGGAUUAGUUAGUGGCAAAGCCUUGUUAAGGUAAACUAUAUUUUAUCAUAAUUCACAAACAAUUUAACACAUUUUUCAAAAUUAAAAAUAUAUAAUAUUAACAUUACUUACUUACCCAAAAUAUUAUUAAUUUUAUUGGCAAAUAUUUUAUUAUUUGGUCCAUUAGAUUAUUAAAUAAAAGAGAAUCAGAAGACCAAGCCCAUGUAUAUGUGCCUCAAGAAAGAAAACCAAAACUCGAGGAAUCUACUGAUGAACAUAUAAAUAAAAAAAUUUCAAAAAUAUCACCAGACAAUUCAAUUACAAUUAAACACCCCAUAAUUAAAGAAAAAAACUCCAUGAAUGAUGAACCUAUGGAUACUGAAAUGGAUUCAGAUGAUGUGGCUGUAAAAACAAAACCCAUUGAUAAAAUCAAAUGUUUAAAAAACCUUAAUGAUAUAAACACUUCUACUAACAAAAAAACUAUCUCCAAUGAAGAUCUUGAACAUUUUAAAAACUCAAUAUCAUAUGUUAGUAUAAUAAUUCUGGUUAUAUGAUCUUUUUCACUGAUAUUGUUUUAACAAACCAAUAUGUGAUGUGUGUAUUUUAAUUGAAGAGUUAAUAUGAUAGAUCUAUUUUGAAUUACACAUUUUGUUUAUUAGUUAACAGUUUGAAAGAGGAGAAAACAUUUAUUAUAAGUGUCUAUUUGUUUUAGUUGGACGAUCGUGAUACACUAAUAUUUAACAUUAUGGAUGGUACUUCAGUAUUAUAUCAAGAUGAAGGUGAUGAUUUCUUUGAGCCAACCGUAAAGGAUGUUAAUCUUGUAUUACGAGAUUUAAAAAAUUCACGGUAAAUUGUAUACAUUUUUAAUUUGUUUCCUUAAAAAUGUUAAAUAUUUAAGUUCAAAUGUGUAUGUCAUUUGAAAAUUCAAUCUACCAAUUAUUUAUUAAUAACAUAAGCAAUAAAGUGAAUUUUUUUUUUUUGUACUUCGAACAAUUUGGUCUAUCAAAUGGUUUAAAAGUAACACUUGAAAAAAAUUUGUAGAUGAAAAGGGUUUCAUAAAACAUAAGCUAUGAUUUGUCCAUAUUUGUAUUAAUAAUUUAAAUAAUAUAGGUGUUAUAAGACAGAGGAAAUGAAAUAGUAGACUGUGAUAAUAAAACAUUGAAAAGAGGUGUUAUAUUUCAAUCAAGAAUUUCACCUAUGUUUUGGCAGGAUGGAAUACUUUUUUUUGCUUUAAACACCCCUGAUGACUCAAAUGAAAUUAUAGGGAUAAGUUUAUUGAACUGUUACAAAAAAUAUAUAAUUCAUAUAUAAUUAUUUUACCAUAAUAUGACAUAUAUUGUUGACAAAGCAACACUAUCAACUGAAUUCCGCUCAGAAUCAUUUUUUCAUUAUCAAUAAUUGUUACUUAAAGAUAUACAUUAAAUUCCCCUCUAUAUACUACCUUCUCAACUUCUCAUUUAUAAUAGUGGCCUACCCAUUGUGCAAAGUGUGUGCAUAUCUUUUUUGCUUGCACAUUUGUGUAUAUUGAUUUAAUGAUUUUAAUAUUUAUUUUACUUUAGGAUUCAAUUUGAAGAUGGUCAGCUGUCUACAAGUGCUAUGCGCGAGAUAGAAAAAGCUCAGAAUAUAUUAAAUUUAUUACAUAAAUACAACAAGUGUAUUAUUAGAAUACAUUUUCCAAACAGAUUAGUGUUACAAACUGUGUUUAAACCGACUGAAACUAUAUUAGAUAUUUUUAAUUUUAUUAGAAAAUACCUCAUUGAUGAAUCUUUGGACUUCUUUUUGUGUACGAGAGUAAUUAAUAAUUUACAAUUAUUACGAUGAUUAAAAUUCCAUCCAAAAUACUAAUGGUUGUUUUGAUUUAACAGUUACUACACCUCCUAAAACCAUUUUAAAACCAGAAGAUACAUUAUUAGAAUGUGGAUGUGUACCAUCAGCUAUGAUACAUUUUUCAUGUGGUAGCGAAAUUGACCAUUAUUUAAAACCUGAACUCAAAGAGAAAGUUGUGACAGCAUGCCAAGCUUCAAUAGCUGCUUAUCUUGUGAGGUUGGUCUGAGCAUAUUUGCCAAAUUAGUUAUAAUCUGUGUAUUUAAUCUUGUAUACACAUUAGAUAAAAUUAAUUUUCGAUUGAUAUAAAUUAUAAGCAUAAUAUUAACACCAUGAUAAACUGUUUCCAUACUAUUACAAUACUACUUUCAGUGAGGCCGAUUAAUGUUUUAUAAUAUUUAUUUGUUUAAAAUUAAAUAAUUACAGAAAGGAAAGAAUUGCAAACUGUUCAAAUAAUGAAAGUUCACAUAAUACAGAACCAGGACCAAGUCGAACAUUUGAUGAUCAACGCCAACAGGCUAGUUCUUCUCAGCAAAAUAAUACAACAGCAAACAGUGGAAAGACUCCCAAAUGGUUUAAACCAAAGUGAAUUAGAGUAAUAUUUAUGCCCAAAAAUAUUUUGUGUUUAUUAUUAACCGUAAAUUUUACAGCUUAUUUAAUUAUUUAAUAUUUGUAAUUUACCUAUUAGUUGUUGAAUAAUGGCACAAUGUCAAACAAGAUAGAUAAUUUCUUUCUUUGGAGAGGAUUAAUUUUUAUAAUUUAAAUAGUACAAAU